AUGGCACGUCUGAAUCGCGUCAGGAAGGUUCGCCUAGAGGUCCAGCCCCGGAGCAAAGACCCUUUCAAUCGAGUGAAGGCCGAGGCCGAGUUUGCGUACUUAGUUCUCGAGACUCAACAGGCCAUCGGGGAUGUUCAGUCCUCUCUUCACGUGGAUUUGUUGGAUUGGGACAGAUCGGGGUCCGCGAAAUGGCCACCUACCCUAUAUCUUGGCACGCAACGGUGA